AUGGCGCAAGCCAUUGCCGGUGUUGCGGCGCUGCUGCAGAACCUGCAGGUGCCCAUCGGUGACGUUCAGAAUGUUACACUACCGAGUCCGCCCACGCUGACAGGACCACUGGCAGAAAACACGUACCUGGCUCAGGCCGAGAAGUUCGCGGUGGGCAAGGUGAAGGGUCCUGAAUCACUGGUGGUUGUUGAUGGUUAUAUCUACACUGGGGUGUCCAAUGGCCUGGUGGUGGAGGUGACACCUAAAGGGGUGGUGAACACGCUUUUUCCUAGAAAUUCUUAUGUCUGCGGUCAGGAAGGUGACGUAUGUGGCAGACCUCUUGGCAUGAGAGUAAACAACAGACGAAACUUGAUAGUAGCCAACGCUUACAACGGAAUUUAUGAGAUUGACCCUCGAACUGGAAGAUACCAGCUUCUCAUUGACUCCAAGACCAGGUUGGUGAACAAUAAACCAGUCAAGUUCAUCAACGAUGCAGCCAUCACCAAAGACGGCCGAGCCCUCUACUUCACAUCCUCGUCAUCAAAAUACGGGCGCAGCGACUACCACAAGAUAAUCAUUGAAGGAGAGACAACUGGCAGACUCUUCAGGUUGGACUCAACGGGACUAAGGGAACUGGUGUCCGACCUCGGUUUCCCCAACGGGGUACAACUGGGCCGGAUGAGACAUUUGUGCUCGUUGCUGAAGGCUCUCGGUGUAGAAUUCUCAGCCAGAGACUACAUCAUUUUUAACCAACGUCUACUGUUUUAA